GUUUUCCAUGUUUGAGGUCAAAGAAGCCAAUUAACAAAACAUGCACGGACCAAAAAAAGAAAAAAAAAAAAAAAGAAAAAAUCACGUUAAGGACAAGAAAUAAUGUAUGGACUGAAACAAAAGCACCGACAAAUUCAGAAAAGUAGAGAACCGGGUGGUGAUUCGGAUCCCUCUCACCUCCACGGAACACUUGGACAUAGUUGACAGCAAUGCGUAACGACGCGUGCCUCUAGUGGCACCGUGGAAGCAGGGUCGUCAGACGCACGAGGAUACACGGCUGCCCGCAUUAUAUCCCAAACCAACACAUAGUGAAACGUUCGUUAAUUCAAAGCUAAGUAGCAAGAAUCUCUUUGGACAGAUGGACCUUCCUCAGUGACCUCCCUUUUGCCAAUGACGGCGCGCAACCGGACCGGAGCGGGUUUCCUUUCCCUGCGUUCUGAGCAGUUUGCAGAAGUGAAGCGAUUAGGACUGGAGUGACUAAACUACGAGAAGCAUUUCUGAGUCACCGAAGUAUGUUGAAAUUUCUCAACAAUCACAGUGCAAGCUGACGAAGACAAAAUCAUUCGAGGAGAGCCAAACUUCCGCAGGCGCAGUUCUAGUCGUCCACAGUGGCGCAGCGAAGCGCAGGAGUUCGGCUCGGCUUUUCUGCCUGUAGACAGACAGCACCGUGUGCAGGAGGGUAUACAGAGAGACUCCUGCGGGGUAAUUGUUUGCAGCCUGCAGAAGCAGGUGUUUUCGCUGAUCCGCCUGCGAGAGACGGAGGGGGGCUUAUCCUCAUCUUUCUUUCUAAGACUGGUGAGAAGAAAAAAGAAAAGAAACCCGAGGAGAAUGUUGCACCAAGAACAAUGAGCGCAGAGUUGUCGCAUUUUACCCAAAUCCACACAUGCUCUGUAGAAUUCAGUUUUCAUGAGCAAUUCUGACUCGUCUUUGGAAUUUUUAGAGCGAAAAAAGUGGAUCCAACGACUUUGCAACCAUGCGAAAUACUUGGCUGUCUCCCCGGAGUGCGAUUUGGGAAUAUUGGACUUCGCUGAUUGCAUUCCUCUUUUGGAUUCAGUACUCUUACGGAAUGCCUCACGUUAUACGAAUUGGUGGGAUUUUCGAACAAACAGACGGACCUGUUUCACUUGUUAGUGCAGAAGAACUUGCCUUUAAAUUUGCUGUGAAUAAUAUAAACAGAAACAGGACUUUGUUGCCAAACACAACACUAACAUACGACAUACAGAGGAUUAAUAUCUACGACAGCUUUGAGGCAUCAAGAAAAGCUUGUGACCAGCUGUCGUUAGGUGUGGUUGCAAUAUUUGGACCUUCACAUAGCUCAUCUUCAAAUGCUGUGCAGUCCAUCUGCAAUGCACUGGAAGUGCCACACAUCCAGGUGCGGUGGAAACAUCACCCAAUGGACAACAGGGACACUUUUUAUGCCAAUUUAUACCCAGAUUAUUCAUCAUUAAGUUAUGCCAUUCUGGACCUCGUGCAGUAUCUUAAAUGGAAAACAGCCACUGUUGUAUAUGACGACAGCACAGGUCUAAUAAGGUUACAGGAGCUGAUAAUGGCCCCAUCAAGGUAUAACAUUCGAUUAAAGAUCCGCCAGCUUCCUCUAGAUACAGAGGAUACAAGGCCUCUUCUUAAGGAAAUGAAGAGAAGUCGGGAGUUCCGCAUCAUCUUUGACUGCAGUCACCACAUGGCUGCACAAAUUCUCAAACAGGCCCAGACCAUGGGGAUGAUGACAGAGUAUUACCACUAUAUCUUCACCACUCUGGACUUGAUGGCUAUUGAUCUUGAGCCAUAUCGCUUUUGUGGUGUCAACAUGACUGGCUUUCGCAUCCUCAAUGUGGAAAAUCCCCAGGUUGCAUCUAUUGUGGAGAAAUGGUCAAUGGAAAGGCAAAUUCCACCUAAGCCAGAUUCAGGCCUGCUGGAAGGCAUCAUGACGACAGAUGCGGCUCUGACCUAUGAUGCUGUCCACAUUGUGUCCGUCUCAUAUCAGCACGCUCCACAGAUGACUGUGAACUCACUGCAGUGCCACCGACAUAAACCCUGGAGAUUCGGAGGCCGCUUCAUGAGUUUCAUCAAAGAGUCUCACUGGGAUGGUUUGACUGGAAGAUUGUCCUUCAACAAGACAACUGGGUUACGUACAGACUUUGACUUGGACAUCGUCAGUCUAAAGGAGGAUGGACUUGAAAAGGUGGGGAAGUGGAGUGCGUCAGGAGGUCUUAACAUCACGGAAGUGCCGAAGCGAAAAGGGAUGAACAUCACUGAUUCUCUGUCUAACCGUUCUCUUGUCAUCACAACCAUUCUGGAGGAGCCAUAUGUCAUGCUUAAGAAGUCUGACAAGGCACUGGUUGGGAACGACCGUUUUGAAGGAUUCUGCAUCGACUUGCUGAAAGAGCUUGCUAAAAUCCUGGGCUUCACGUAUGAGAUCCGCCUGGUGCCUGAUGGAAAAUACGGCUCACUGGAUGACAAGGGACAGUGGAAUGGCAUGAUUAGGGAACUUAUAGAACAUAGAGCAGACUUGGCAGUGGCCCCUCUCACCAUUACCUAUGUGCGUGAAAAAGUCAUUGACUUCUCAAAACCCUUCAUGAGUAUGGGCAUCAGCAUCCUGUAUCGCAGACCCAAUGCCACAAACAACGGCUUCUUCUCCUUCCUAAACCCCAUGACUCCAGACAUCUGGGUGUACAUUCUGCUGGCGUACCUGGGUGUUAGCUGUGUUCUUUUUGUCAUUGCAAGGUUUAGCCCGUAUGAAUGGUACGACGCUCAUCCCUGUAAUCCUGGGUCGGACGUGGUGGAGAACAACUUCACGCUCCUCAACAGCUUCUGGUUUGGAGUUGGUUCCUUAAUGCAACAAGGCUCGGAACUGAUGCCCAAAGCCCUGUCGACCAGGAUAAUAGGUGGAAUCUGGUGGUUCUUCACUCUCAUCAUAAUAUCGUCAUAUACAGCUAAUUUAGCAGCUUUUCUUACCGUGGAGAGGAUGGACUCACCGGUGGAUUCAGCUGAUGACAUUGCCAAGCAGACGAAGAUCGAGUAUGGUGUGGUCAGAGAUGGAGCAACAAUGGCUUUCUUCAAGAAAUCAAAGGUUUCUACAUUUGAAAAGAUGUGGGCCUUCAUGAGCAGCAGGCCGAGAACGUCUCUGGUGAAGUCUGUGGAAGAUGGGGUCCAGAGGGUGCUGAAGUCUGACUAUGCACUCAUUACAGAGUCCACCACCAUUGAUUAUAUCACUAGGAGAAACUGUAACCUAACACAAGUGGGAGGGCUUAUUGACAGCAAAGGCUACGGCAUCGGCACUCCCCUCGGCUCACCAUACAGGGACAAAAUCAGCAUAGCAAUCCUCAGCAUCUUAGAGGAUGGGCUUCUUCACGUUCUGAAGGAGAAGUGGUGGAGCGGAAGCAGCUGCUUGGAUGAGGAGCGUCGUGAGACAGGCCCCAUGGGGAUCCAGAACCUGGGUGGUAUAUUCAUUGUGCUGGCAUCUGGUCUGGUGCUGUCUGUCUUUGUGGCAAUUGCUGAAUUUAUCUACAAGCUGAGAAAGACCGCUGAACGUGAACAGGUCUUUGUGCAGCGCCAUGGUGGACGAGAUCAGACUGUCGUUCACCUGCGAGAGACGGGUGAAACACAAGCCUCAGCCCCCAGUCAUGGUGAAGACGGAUGCAGUGAUCAACAUGCACGCCUACAACGACCGACGACUCCCAGGAAAGGACAACAUGAGCUGCAGCACUGGGAUGACUCCUGUGUUCCCCUGACAAUGUGUUCCCUGCAGGGCAAGAACCUCGUGAGCAACAUUUCAGGGGCAGUGCCGGAGCCCAGGGACAAUGGCAUAGACGGAAUCACCAGAUACAUCAUUAACAACAGUGACAUGGGAACACUUACAAAACAUGGGCAACUCAAAUUGGCAGCAUCAGCCACACAGGUAUGACAGACACCACUGUAAUCAACACUACAAAAAAUACUUGGUUGUGGUUGUAAAGGUUGUGCAAGGGGCAGAAAAACAACCCGACAAAGGUACACCCAAAUAUGAAUCAGUUCAAGUCUGAUGUUUACAUAUGUACCACAAGAGAAAACACAAUAUUCAGCGGACCCUGAGUCACUUAAAAGAUUUCAAAUUUUAUGUGAAAACAUGGCCUGGCAAAUGAAACGAGGCUUUUUGAAAAUGGCAAUAAAUGACUUUGGUACAGUUCCAGAAGGAUAAGGGAGUUUUGUUAUAAAUCAUGGUAAUAUAUGAAGUUCUUUUGUUGAGCCUGUUGAUUUUCACAAAACUGAAUGACCUUUGGCAGCAGAAAGUGUUACCUCAAAUAUGUACAGGUUCAGCUGGGUGUCUGUGUCAUUUAGUGUUGGCAACACUGUGACUGGUAGAACCUACAGCAAGAUGUGAAACAGUAAAUUUACAUCUGAUGUAGCUGUGAUGUGUACCUAAAAAUAUUAUCAUACAAAAACAACCGCAAUCACUCAUGCAAAGUGGAUUGUGGACACAUCAGCUGUAUAUUAAAAACAUAAGAUUCAAACUUGGGAUAUUUGACAUGAUUUUUGACAUUUUUUCCAAGGUUCAUUUUUCUUUCAAAUUACUUUGUACAUAAUUAGAUUGUUACCAGAUAACAUGUUGAUUGCCAAAGACCUGACCAUUCAACAGAUUUAUACUCAGAACAUCAAGAGCCAGAGCUGUUUAAUAACCAGGUGUUCAAUUAAGAGUGAAUUGGAGGGGCUGAGUUUAUUUGCUGUAAGAGGCAUUCAAAUCUAUCUAUGUCUGGUUAUGGCUAGGCAUGGCUCACUAUGUGAUUCCAAUUAUAUGAUAACCUAGAAUAAAGAACACCAUCGAAUCAAAUCAUUCAUGCAAAAAUCUAAAACUAAAAUGGAUAACAAAAUCCGAUAAAUUUUAGUAAAAAAACAGAAUAGCAACACAUAUUUUAAUUUGUACUAAAAUUACACUUCAAUUUUAACAGAAUAAGAUGAUCUAUAGCAUUUCUUGACUACCUUUUUCAUUUUGAUAUGUAGACUGAAGCAAAAAUUAGGAUCAUCACCUGUGAAAUUGAGCAUACAUUUUUAAGUGCUUUAAUUUACACCACCGAGGCAUAACAAGAUGAAUACUGACAGGUGAAGACAAGAAAACUGAUUAGAAUUUCAACUUGAUACUCAGUAGCGGGUGAUAUAAAUUUGAAAAGAAGUGAAUAUUUAAUAUAUAUAGUUGCUGCAUACAAGCAGGAAAAUAUGAAUUUGAGUAAGAGUUUAAGAAGGGCCUAUUUGUGUUGGCUUGACAACUGGAUCAUAGCAUCUACAAAACUGGAGCUCUUGGUUGUGGUCUGCAGCGACAGUUUCAAUUUAAAUUGUCCAAGGAAGAAAAGUGGUGAACUGGGAUCCCAGUCAGUCAAGGUUUAUUGAUGCACACGAACAGAAAAGGGUAGCCUGCUUGGUCCAACAGAUGUGUUGUGGCUCAAAAUGUAAUACUACUUAUGAAAGAAAGGUGUCAAGAAUGUCCAGUGCAUCAGGGAUUGUUGAGUUAGAAACUGCAUAGCUACAGAUAAGUUUGGGUGCCCAUCCAUUUGCUGACCCCUGUCCACUGCCUCAGAUCUGGAAAUAGGACAGUAGAAGAUGGAGGAAUGGUUCCCAUGAAGGGUGUUUGUCUUUAUUUUUAUUUUUUUUUACAUGAAUGGGCCUUUGCCUUGCCUAUCUGUGGAAUACAAAGCACUGCAGGAAAAAGACAAGCCAGCAUAGGCCAUGUGAUGCCUUGGCAAUGUCCUGAUGGUAAACUUUGAGUUCUGGGAUCUAUGAGGUUGUUGCUUUGGCAUGUACCAGUUACUCAAGAUUUUUGCAGACCAUGUACACCCUUCCAUAUAAAAUAAUUUCCCUGAUGAUUGUAGGCUCAUUGGAAAUAAUGUUCCAGGCCACAAAACAAAAAAUGGUUCUCCAUUACUUUGAUUUGUCAAAUUGCCCUCCAAAUUUUCCAGAUGUCAGUCUAAUUGAGCAUCUGUGGCAUGUGUAAGACAAACAAGUCUGAUUUAUGGAGGGCCCAUUCAAAAGUUACAGGACUUAAAUGACCUGUUGCUAACAUCUUGGAGCCAGAUACCACAGCAGACCUUCAGGGGUCUAGUGGAGUCCAUUAUUCGACUAGUCAUCGAUGUUUUGUUGGCAAAAGAAAGACUAACCCACUAUUUGUCAUGUGGCAGUAAUGCCAUGCUUUAUUGGGUGUAUACAAUACCUAUUUUCUAUAUUCUUCUCGUUUUGCGGAAAACAAAUAUCACACUAAUAUUAGCUAGUGGUCUACCUGGGCCAUUUGCUGUUGUUGGCAGUUGACUACUGAACACGCUGCCAGAAGCUAGCUACCCUAACAUUCACUUUUCUUGAAAUAUCUUGUUUUACCCAAUCAACUACGUUUCUUUACAGCUUUAUUGUAAGAAAUGAAAAAUUACUGGAGUCAUCUUUUGGCAGUAUCCAGAAACAGGUUGGGGAGGAGUGGUGUUCCAUUAAAUAGACCAAUAAAAAUGCUGGUUACUCCAGAACUGCCUGGACAUUAAAUGGUAAGGUACAUUGAAAAAUUUGAGUAUUUCUUGCCAGUCUUCUCAGAAAGUGAAACUCAUAUUAUAUAGAAUCAUCACAUAAGUAAUGGUAUAUUACAACCGUUUGUUUCUUGUAAUUUUGAUGACUAUGGUUUAUAGAUAAAAAAAAACUCAAAAUCCACUGCCUCAGAAAAUUAGAAUAUUGUGAAAAAGACCAUUAUUUAAAAUUCCUGGUGUCUCAUGAUAAUUAGCUAAUUAACUCAAAGAACUUGCAAAGGUUUCCUGUGCUUUUAAAUACUUUUAAUCUAUAAAACGACUUUUUUUCUGAGAUGACUGGCAAGAAAUAUUGCACUUUUACACAAUAUUAGAUUUUCUUUAGAGCUAGCUAUUAUAUUAUGGAUAAAUGGAAUGACAUUACUAUAACUUGAUUAUUAAGAUUCAGUAUUCCUUGUUUCUAGUAAAUGAUCCAUGCCUAGUCCAGGCAUUGCAGCUUCUUCAUGCAAGCCUUUGCAUUUUGUUGAACUAUUGUCCUUUAAUGCCGUUGUGCUCCCAUGUUUUCAUGAAAUGACAAGUCUGAACAUAAACUAAGUUAUAUAAAGUAAUCUGUGAUAGGUUCUCUCUGUUCUUGAAUAGCAUUUUUCUUCAUAAAAUUGUGCUUUUGGAGCAGAUACAAUUUAUUUUUAGUUUACUGACUUUUAUGUCAGUGGGCAUAAUAUUCUACAAAGUUCAGUGUAUAGACAAGAGCCACAACUUCAGUGCUCCCCUUUCCAAACAGAACACUAUUGUUGUUGGCUUCAUUUUUGUAGUUACUCCAGUCUUCACCAAGUAUCAUAUUAUUUUUUUAAGAAACAUGAGUUCUGUUUUAUAUGAGUCAUUUUUGUGGGCAACUUCAAAAUUCAUAUUGAAAUCCGUGAUAGACUCACUGACCGAUGUCCUCCAGCAGAAACACUCCUCCCACAAUGUUUUAUAGCAUAAUGUCUCCUUAAGCAAGACUUGUGUUGACUUUGACAGUUUCCCUUUGGAUGACUUUGCAACCAUUUUGUAGUUGCUAGUGCCACUGCUUUAUCCUAUGUUGGAUUGAUUCUGAAUUGCAUUGCACCAAUUAAAUAUUCAAGUGUAGAUGCUUGAAAAACUACAACUUCAAAAAUUUACGUAGUGCUUUUCUUGUCAUACCAUCCACUAAAAGCUCUUCUACAGUACAAGUUGCAUUCGCUCAACAUGUCAAACAAUGUCUGACUUGUGAUUAAAUGUUUUGCCAAUAGACACUUUGAUCAGCAUUGACUAAAACAGAGAAUAUUAGAUAAGGUUUUGUAUUUAUCCACCUUAUUCCUGCAAGCUGUAAAAAACAUUGAUCUUGAAUUGCAUUGUAAAAUGAAAAUAAAUUUUCUGUAGACACAUAUGAAAGACAUUAUGUUUCAAUACUGUUACCCAAAAUUCGUUCCAUUAUGAGUCGUGGAUGACCAGCCUAGGUAACUUAUUGCAAACCAGUUACAUCAGAAAAAGUAUGUCUAGCUAGUAAAACAAAUUUUGUUACUCUGCUACCUUCCUGGAAAUAGCACCAACAAUCAAUACUAUAGCAACAGCUCUGGGUAAAAGGUGGAUAUCUUAAGGGAAUAAAUAACUGGUAUUUACUGAAAGUUAAGUGGGUUUUAUCAGGCUAUAUUCAUUAAAUUCUCAACUGCUCUUUGGUUGAUUGUGACCACAGAGUGCCUGGAUGACACAUUUUUCAAACACAUGUUCAAACUCUUUCCAUGUCAGGUGUAAUUUACAAGAUUUUUGAAAAUAAGUUUAAUUAUUUUAUUUUUGCAAAAUUAAAAAAAAGGCAUAAAAAAGGCUUGGGUUUAAAUGAAAAAUGAACCAUUUUUGAAGGGGAUCUCUGAAUAGAUGAUUGGUCAGCUUAAUUACCUGGUGUGGACUUAUGCUGAAAGACUGUAUGGUAAUUUGAGAAAGAGCAGUCAAUUAUUCUGUUUGUUUGUGUUGACUGUAAUGCCUAUAAUUUUUUUAAUCUCCAGCAAAAUCACCCAGAAUAAAGAUUGGAGGAGUCUGUAAGAUGCCAUUAUGCUGAAGCAGAGAGAACAUUGAACCUCUGUGAGGUUUACAUUGUCUAUACACAGUGACAAAAGAGAGAAAAUAUCUAUUCAAGGAAACUUUAAUCUGUAAAAUUUAGCAUUGGUUUGGUAGAGACUCGCUGUAUAAUUGUUUAUCGAUUCUCUUCUGCUAAGUAGAGUAAGUAGAGAGGAUUGGCAGAAGAUGUAUUUUACUAAAUUUAUACAGUUAUAUAUUCAUUCUGUUCACAAAUAUGUUCUAGAUGCUAUUUAUUUCAUCAGGCCACUUUACCCUUCCUCCCCACUUUAUCCCAAAUCCACUUCCCCCAAACCCUGUUUAUUUAAUAGAAAUACGUUUGAAAAUGAUAUAUUGGAUUCUUUUCUAUCUAGAUGAGAAAAUGUAUGUAAAUCGUCUUUUAUGAUGGCUAAUAUAUUUCUAUAUGGUGAAAAUAAAGUGGAGAGAUUGAGCUCCCUUAAGAGUUCAAGGGAUAUUCCCUCAGAGUAGGCGUUUCUUGUGUCAGUGGACCUUUAUUCUUCACAAAUUCCCCUUUACAACCUGGUCUAAGGUAUAACUGCUGCUGAUCUACAGUUAUACUAUUGUACCGUCACACUGAUGUGUACUGGAACUUUUCUUGCAGGUCAUUAAAAGACUUUUGAGACUCAUUGUACAACAUUUCUUUAAUAUGUGGCAACAACAAUACAUGAAUGAAAUUUUGUUGAUUCUAACAUGGCUGGUUCAGUCCAUUUGGUUACUGAAUAUAAACAUCUUUUUUUAAAAUAAAUAAUGUGAAUAAUGUCAUUUUACACAAAACUGUAAGAAAUGUGAGAGAAAAGUAACAGAAAAUGUAAUCUACAUAAACCUGUUCUAUUACCUGUAUGUGAUAAACGUUUUUAUUUUCAUUCUUUUUUCUUUUUUACCUUUUUAUUUUUCCUUUUUAGCCCUAACGCUUCUAUCAUCUGGCAAAAAACCCUCCCAAAUAUAUGAGAAAUAUGUUGGUGCCAACCAGGGUUUUCUUUGUGAACAUACAGACUUUCUAUGAAUAUAGUUUUUGUAAGAUUUUGCUAAGAAAAUAUGAAAAAAUUAUUGAAAAAGUGGGACAGGUGUAUUUGUUUUCAUUGUAACUGUAUGUGUAAAAAGAGCAUCUUAAUAAUACACUGGAGGGUAUCAGCAAACUACUAUAGAAAACUUACUGAACUAUUCUUUUUAACACACUGUGAAUAAUUUAAUUGUACAGUUUGCUGUAUGGGUUAAAUGAAGUUUUAAAUAAAAAAUACAACCUA